CUAAUGAGCCUGCACUGAUGGGCGCUGAAAGGCUGCACUGAUGGGCACUGAUAGGCUGCACUGAUGAGGAGGCACUGGUAGGUGGCACUGAUGGGCAUUGACAGGCAUCACUUACGGGCAAUGAAAGGCAGCACUCAUAUAUGUCACUGCUAUGUGGCACUGACUGGCACUGUUAGGUGGCACUUAAAGGCAGCUCAGAUGGGCACUGAUAUGCACACUGAUGCACACUGAUAGGCGGCACUGAUUGGCAGCGCUGAUAGGUGGCACUGACUGGCACUGAUAGCAGCACUGAUUGGCAGCACUGAUAGGCGGCAAUGACUGGCACUGAUAGGUAGCA